AGGACAAGGUUCCUGGCGCUGAGUACAAGGUUCCUGCCGCUGAGGACAAGGUUCCUGGCGCUGAGGAAAAAGGUCCUGGCGCCGAGGACAAGGGUCCUGGCGCUGAGGACAAGGGUUCCUGGCGCUGAGGACAAGGCUCCUGGCGCUGAGGACAAGGUUCCUGGCGCUGAGGACAAGAUUCCUGCCGCUGAGGACAAAGUUCCUGUCGCUGAGGACAAGGUUCCUGGCGCUGAGGACAAGGUUCCUGGCGCUGAGGACAAAGCUCCCGGCGCUGAAGACAAGGCUCCUGGCACUGAGGACAAGGGUGCUUGCGCUGAGGACAAGGUUCCUUGCGCUGAGGACAAGGUUCCUUGCGCUGAGGACAAGGUUCCUUGCGCUAAGGACAAGGUUCCUGCCGGUGAGGACAAGGUUCCUGGCGCUGGGUGCAAGGGACAAGGCUCCUGGCGCUGA